AUGCGGCCCCACCACACCCUCCUAGCGAUAUGCUCGCUCCUGGGCCUAUCAAACAGCUCUCCAACAGCCCCCGGAGCAACAAGAUCAACAUCACCAAGCACCGACCCCGUUCUCAAGAACGCAAACCACAUUUUCAACGUCAUCCAAGACUCCAUGCGCCAAUGGGGCUCAUCCCUCCACCACAACGGCGUCUCCUUCUUCCUCGCAACCGUCCCAGCAGGAACACAGUUCUACCACGGAACCUCCCUGUCCGUCCCCGUCAACGGAACAGAGUGGCUGGCCUUCGAGCCCGAGCACGCGCUUGUAUUCGCGCGCCCGCAUCGCGGCCCACCACCCGGCCGACACGAUGGAGAUGAAAAGAAGCCCGACGGCCCACCCAGCCACGACGAACUGCGUCGUCGCCUGGAGCGCCGCGGUAACGAAGACCAGGAAGAAGAAGCCAACGGCUACCUGCACACCUAUGCCGCAGCCAAGGACCUGCGUCUCCUCUACAUCGACGGCAUGUCCGCCGGAAAGACCGACAAGGGCACGCUCGACUCGCAGGACGUCCUUCUUUUCAACAACAGUCUCGGCGAGGGCGACGGACACGGUGGAAACCAGGGUGAGCGCGCACGCGCCAUGCGCGCCUGUCAGAUGGCCGAGGACGAAUGGGCUGGUCGGAUCGAUGGUCUGUUGCGCAUGGAGGCCGGCUUCGAGAUCAUCCUGUGCUCGUUCGCGCGGGACCUGACCCCUCUCCGCAUCAUCCAGACACAAUCUAUUGAAUCUUCCCACGGUGACAGGAGCCCUGCUGGCCCCGGCCCCGAUGCAGGCAGCGAGCCACCCAGAGGCGGUCCCGGUGGAGGUGGAGGUCCCGGCGGCCCAGGAGGGCCCGGCGGUGGUCCGGGGGGACCGGACUCGUCGCGCUGGGCGCGCGCAGUAGCAUCGCGGUACGAAGGCAUCGGCGGGCACCGUGUGCGUCUUAACUUCGACAGCUUCGUGACAGCUUUCUCGCACGAGCUGGACCUAUUCCCCACCAGCCCGACGAUGCCGCGGCUAGCGCACCUGGACAGCGCGGCGCUGGAGCCGCUCCGCACGCAGCUGACGGAGACGAUCCUGACGCACGAGGCGCGUGAGGUUUCUUGGGACUGGCAGGCGACGACGGACAUGGUUGUUUUGCGGUAUGCGGACGAGCUGUCGUACUUUGUUUCUGAGCGGAUGGCGAGCGUGCAGGAGCUGCGGGAGCAGAUUACCAUGCUGGUUGCGCCGUUUGUGGACUACAGUGAGCGGAAUAUCACGGCGGAGGCGGAGCGGUGUGCGGUGCAGUUCGUGCCGUUCCAGUUUCAGGAGGGGCCGGGUAUGGCGGCGCGGGCGGUGCAUGGGGUUACGUAUAGUGUUUGCUUGGCUUUGCUUGAGGCGGGGAGAGAGGAGGAUCUGGGUGCGGCUAAGGCGCGGAUUCAGGAGACUAUGACUGCGCUUGAUUGGACGGCUUGGAAGAAGUGUCGGGGUUGUUUGGAUAGUGAGAUUUGUGUGGUGCCUAUUUGGCCGAUGGGGUCCAUUAGCGAUUAUGAGAAGCCUCAGUGUCGGGAUGCGUUGAGUCCUUAUGAUCGUGAGGGGGAGAGUUACUGGGGACAUAUGCGCCACUGA